AAGAAAUGUUCCUGCGUCCAAUGAGGUUCCUGUGUUCAAUGAGAUAUAAAAGGGCUCGUAAAUCACCGGCAUUCUCCAGACAACUCAUCCUCGUCUAUCUACUUCAGAUCAUUCAUCACGAUGCGUUUCUCAGUCGCCGCUCUUAUCCCUCUCGCCACUCUCGCGGUCCCCGCCCUCUCUGCCUCCGUCCAGGCCAGGGAUGACAGUGUCGGUUACAAUGGCUACAACGACGGUGGCAGUGGCAGGAACUACGGCAAGGACUAUGGUUACAAUGAUGGUGGCAGCAAGGACUGGGGCAAGAAGGAUGAUGACAAGAAGGAUGACCGUAAGAACGAUGGCGGCAGCAAGGACUUUGGCAGGAAGGACGACAAGAAGGAUGACCGCAAGAAUGAUGGUGGUAGCAAGGACUUUGGCAAGGACAAAGACGACAAGGACCAUGGUCGCAAGGGCUGCACCUGGGAGCCUGUGUUUGAGCACAAGAAGGACUUCAGGGGAUGGAACAAGGGCAAGUACACCCCCUACGACCACAAGGAUGUCAAGAAAGACUCCUACGAGAUUGACUGCAAGAACCUUUGCGAGAAGGACGACAAGUGCAACUCGUGCCAGGCCUACUCGAAAGAGGAGGACGAGGAGAAGUUUAUUUGCGAGCUCUUUGAAGAGAUCAUCGAUAUCUUGACUUGGGAGGGUGACUGUGACGACGACAAGGACGGAAAAGAUGGAAAAAAAGAUGAAAAGGACGGAAAGAAAGAUGACAAGGAUCGCAAGGAUGACCACAAGUACUACGACACUUCUUGCUGGAACGCCCACUACAGCUACUAAGUCUGACGAGGCUCCUGGGG